AUGCUGCUCGACCAGCUAUUCCGGACGAGGCGUUCGUCCGGGCUAUCGGAAACGGUACGCUGCGAGCUCGCCUCAGUUGCCGACUAUGAGCGUCGGAUGCUCGAAACACUCGAUCGGACCGUCAUCGAUUACUGCCGAGGAGGUGCAGCCAGCGAGCAAACGGUGGUCAACAACAGGGCUGCCUUUGACCGGUUGCGUAUACGGCCACGUUGCCUACAGCGCAUCGGUGGAAGUCGAUCUUUGGCCGUGACUUCGUGCGGGAUAAGCUACCGAUUGCCGUUCGGGAUUGCCCCGAUGGCGUUGCAACGUCUAGCACACCCCGAAGGCGAAAAGGCAAUGGCCCGUGCCGCCCGAACGUUUGGUGUACCGUUCGUAUUAAGCGUCCUAUCGAGCGUGUCGAUCGAGGAGCUGGCGGAAGCGGUCCCAAGGGCUCCGAAGUGGUUCCAGCUGUACAUAUUCAAGGAUCGCGAGCUAACGGAAUGUCUCGUACGGCGAGCCGAGAAGGCUCGGUUUCGAGCACUGGUCGUCUGCGUGGACACUCCGACGUCCGGGUUGAGCCGCACCGAACGUCGUAGUCCACUGGUACUUCCGCCGAAAGUCACGUGCGCCAACUUCGUGCCGGGCGGUGGAGACGCCGGUGGUAAAAAGUCCUGCUCGGCCAGCGUUCUCGACUACGUACGCAGCCAGCUGGACCCGGGGCUCGGUUGGGAUGCGGUUCGGUGGCUCAUGAGCAUCACCACGAUGCCAGUGAUCGUGAAAGGUAUCCUUAAUCGCAACGACGCACUUAUCGCGGCCGACAUCGGAGUGCAUGGUCUGAUUGUGUCCAACAGUGGAGGUCGCCAGCUUGACUGUGCGCCAGCAGCAAUAGAAGUUCUACCGGAGAUAGUAAAUGCGGUUGGAAGCCGGAUUGAGGUGAUGCUGGACAGUGGCAUCAGUCAGGGUACAGACGCGUUCAAAGCACUGGCACUGGGGGCACGAAUGGUAUUCGUGGGGCGAGCUGGCAUGUACGGGCUAGCCGUCAAUGGACAACGUGGCGUCGAGGAGGUGCUGGACAUCAUCAAAACCGAACUGGAGUCAACCAUGCUCAAUGCCGGCUGUGGCACGAUAGCGGAUAUUGCGCCGCAGCAUGUGUGCCAUGAGGCUGACUUGUACUAUCAUCCUACCCCGGACCGGUUCCGCAGCUCCUGGCGAAUGGAGAGCAUCCGCAGUGACCGCUACCGAAGUCGCGUCCGACGACGACAGGCAGAUAUGGAAGACAUCGAAGCCGAGGUUCGCGAUGAUUGCGAAGAAUCCCUGGCGCGAGGAGAUGGUAUAGCGGAGCGAGUCACCUUUCAGCAGCGGUCUGUAGACGAAGCGAUAGCCGCCGUACAAUCGUGCUCGGAAACACAGAAUCCCCAUCCAUCAACAGCAGCUACACCGCAACCGAUUCUACUUUCUACUCCUCCGUCUGCUCCCCCUCCUUAUCGGAACGUUCCAUUACAGUUGAAUAUACCCCGAGGAAUCUACCGCACCAACACCAACAACCUGUCAAGAUGUAAUGGAGCCGCAACACCGGGAUGCGCAUCGGAAGGAAAUUCGCGUACUGUAAGGACGAUUGUUAGUAAAAAAGAUGCUGCAGCAAGACGAUUGCGAUCUCAGUCACUGCAAAACUUAUGCAGUCCAGAGAAUGGAAAUUGUAAGAGGUAA